AAUAAAUCAUAAAUAUUUCUUUCAUUUUUCUUCAAACAUUACAUCGAUCCAUACAUGAUGGGUUUUAUAAAGAUUAAUGAAUUUAAUAUUUAUUAUGAAAAAUUCGGUCAUGGUAAUAAUAUUGUUUUAGUUAUUCCUGGCGCUAUUGGAACGGCACAAAGUGAUUUCGACAUACAAUUCAAUCCAAAACAUUCUGGUUGUUUAGAUUUUGAACGUUUUACAUUUAUCUGUGUUGAUUUACCUGGCUGGGGUCGUUCGAUACCACCGGAACGACCAAUCGGACCAAACGUUAUUCAUGAUGAUGCUGAUCGUUGUAAUGAAUUGAUGGAGAAACUUGGAUACAACGAAUAUUCCGUUUAUGGUUGGUCCGAAGGAUCUAAAGUUGCCAUUGUAAUGGCAAGAAAAUUCGGUGGAACACGUAUAAAAUCUUUAAUUGUACAAGGAUUAAUGACAUUCCAUACCGAUUCAGCAUCAAAACAUAUUAUGUGGUCACGUGAUCUACAAAAUUGGGAUAUUGAAUUAUUACGUAAAUAUGAACAAGCAUAUGGUGAUGAUAUUGAUCGUGUUGAAGAUCUUUGGCAAAGACAUUUGGAUUUAGCCAUCGAAAAUUAUGGCCGCUAUUAUCCACAAGGUCUUUUAGGACCAGUACAAGAUGGUCUACGUAAAAUUGAAUGUCCAACAUUAGUAUUACAUGGUGAUCGUGAUUUUUUUAUCGAAUUAAAACACGCAGAACAUAUUGUGGCUAAUGUACCGAAUAGUCGCUUGAUUCGAUUUCCAAAUUGUGGUCACAAUCUACAUCAAAUUGAGCCGAUCAAAUUUAAACAAACAUUGGAAAAAUUUAUACUUGAAAAUAAUAUAUAAGAAUGAUUGUUUCAACAAUAAAUACCAAUUGACAAUCAUCCAAUGGACAAUUAUAAAAUUCAAUA